AUGCCAUACAGGUACAAGAGUAAGAAACACCAACGGGAGAAGUGCCACAAGGGCCAGGGGCACCCCCGUGGUCCGGAGGGUGCCCGGGAAGCUGUGGCAGCAGCAGAGGUCCUGGAGCCUCCCUCCUCAUCCUCAUCCAUGGAAUCUUCCCUGAGCUCUUCUGCUGUGAGCACACGCAUGGCUCUGACCCUGGAGACAGAGCCUCAUGCUGCCAUGGGCACCUCUGACCCAGGAGACCCGGAAGAUGCUGCCAGCCAAGAUGAGCAGGGCACAGGCUCCUUCCAGGCAAUACCACCUGAGCCCAAUGCUCAUAGGGAUCUGCUGAGCAGGAAGGUCAACAUGAUGAUGGAAUCCCUGCUGGAGAAGUUCAAGACCAAGGAUUCCAUCACACAGGCUGCACUGAUCAAGAUCAUCGGCAUGAAGUACAGCCACUACUUCCCCGAGCUCCUCAGGAGAACCUCCAGGCGCAUGGAGCUGGUCUUUGGCCUGGAAUUGAAGGAAGUCAACCACAAAAGGCACGUCUACACCCUGGUCAGCACGGGCCUUGCCGGUGAUGAAAAUCUGAGCAGUGAUAAGGGGCUUUCCACCAGCGGCUUCCUCAUGUCUCUACUGGGCGUGAUCUUCAUGAAGGGCAACCGUGCCACCAAGAAGGAGGUCUGGGAGUUCCUCAACACGCUGGGGGUCUAUGCUGGCAGGAGGCACCCCAUCAUUGGGGAACCCUGCAGGCUCAUCAACAAAGAGCUGGUGCAGCAGAAAUACCUGGAGUACCACCAGGUACCCGGCAGCGACCCACCCUGCUAUGAGUUCCUGUGGGGUGACAGGGCCCAUGCUGAAACCAGCAAGAUGAGGGUGCUCGAGUUCCUGGCCAAGAUCUAUGACACAGUGCCAAGUUCCUUCCCUAGCCUCUACAAUCAGGCUUUGAGGGAUGAGCAGGAACGGAAGGGAUUCAGGGCCGCCUCUGCUGCCAAGGCCCCUGAGCCUUCUGGGGCAACUUCCCACAGCUCCUCCAACAUCUAG